UUAGAGCUGGUGGAGUCCAAUGAUCAGAAAGGGCUGCAAGCUGGUUUGGGUAAGAACUUCCCAGGAUGAGUCCAACUCUGAACGAUGUUCUAUCUUCUCUGCAGAAAAGUGGAACAUGUAUGAACUCUUUAAUUGCAGCUUUGACCAUGGGUGCACAAAAGCUGUUCUCCUCUUACACAUUCGGAUGUCCCUGUCAAGUUGGGAAAAAUUUCUACUACGGCUCUGCUUUUCUGAUCAUCCCGGCCUUGAUCCUUCUGGUUGCUGGCUAUGCUCUGAGAAGCCAAAUGUGGACAAUUACCAGUGACUACUGCUGCAGCUGUGUACCUCCGCAACGGAAAAUUAAUCCCCAGGAGUACAAACUGGCUUGCCUGAGGUUCUUCAGCUUCACCGGGAGAGCACUUGUUGCUCCGUUAACAUGGCUGUCGGUGACCUUGCUGACAGGUACCUUCUACGAGUGUGCAGCAAGUGAAUUUGCACCUGUGGACCAUUAUCCAUUAUUUCACAACAUCAGCUCCAGCAAACGGAAGGAGAUCCUAGCUGGGUUUCCAUGUUAUUCAUCAGAUCAACCAGAUAUGAUGAUGGCAAGAAAUGAAAUAGCUCUUCUGCACAGAUACCAAUCACAAAUGCUGGGCUGGAUUUUGAUCACCUUGGCAACCGUUGCUGUCCUUGUCUCCUACUCUGUGGCCAAGUGCUGCUCUCCCUUCACCUCUCUGCAGCAAUACUACUGGGACAACCAUCUCCAAAAUGAGAGAGAAUUAUUCAAACAAGCCGCAAAACAGCAUUCACGGCUCCUUGUCAUGCAGAGCAUAAAGAAACUAUUUGGCUUCAUUCCUGGAAACGAAGAUGUUAAAAACAUUCGUAUUCCUUCAUGUCAGGACUGGAAAGAUAUUUCAGCACCCACUUUUCUCUGUGAAGGUAAUGAUUUGCGAGGUCAUUAUUGCGUCCUUGGAGACAGGGUGGAAGAAGAGAAUGAGGGAGGCAGAUUGGGAGAUAUUGAAUUAAAGCCUUGAUGAUACAAUGUU